CCAAGCUUCCUGUAAAGCAAAGAGAGAUAGUUCAAAGUAAUACUGAAAGUAUUUUUUAUUGUAAACAUAAUAUCUCGACUUUUUAGACUCCGAUCUCUAUUUGCUGAACGAACUGGUGUCACAAAUAGAGUCAGACUCCGACACUGUGGUGGAUGUAUACCGCACAGCAUCCUUGCACCAGUUCCGGCGUGCGGCUGUCAUCCUUGAGAAACUCGCUGAGCGUACACGAAUCAUCAGGGAACGCUGGCCAGAGCAGUGUGAGGAAUGGGAAAAAAUAGCUGACAGAGCCAAUUCGCUGAAUAAUGAACUAGCAAGCGUUCGAGAACUUCUUCUCGAUUGGAAAAAAAUGGAGGUCCGUUGCUGGGGUGAACUGCUGAAUCGAACUGAGAACGAUGCACAAAUCAGCGCCUUGCUUGUCGCAUUUCCUCUAUUUGAUGCUCUCUUCAAAGCAGACUCGCCAGAGUCAUCUGUUGCCUUGUGCGCUAUGGCAACAGAGUGGAUCACUAAUGCAAUUCUUUUGGACUACAAGGUGCGAGUCAGAACGGUCCGCUUUCUUGCCAGAUGGGCUGCAUUAAUAGAGAAGUCGUCGCUCGGACUCAAACUAGGCUCAAUUGCUGCGCACUUUCAACAGUACAUAGUGAUUAUAGAACAGAAGCUUCGUGAAGCUAGAGAACCAGUCGAAUUCAACCUGAGAGACUAUGUAAAAAUUGUGAAGUACAACGAUUUAAACCUAUGGAACAUUAAAGUAUCUUCACAAAAAGCUCACACUCAUUUGUUCAAGGUCGUCCGCAAAUUUAAGGAAGCCGUUGGGCUCCAGGUUGCACAGUACUUUGACAUGUUGCUUGAUAUAAACGUCUCGGAACUUUCACAACCUUCUGUUUUGUUUGAAGCAGAUUUUGAAGGACGCGUACGUAGAGCAAAGCAUUUAGCUGCUGACAUUGUCACUCACGGUAAGCUAAUUGCCUGCUUUUCGAUAGCACAGAUCACCGGAUUUCUCCAACAGAAAAGUAUGUUUCAGCUGAGACACUUUGCGAUACUACAACUGCAAUGGAUUUGA